AUGAAUGGGAAUAAUCAAUUUAUAGAUUUGACUGUAGGUGAUGAAAAUAAUAAUAAUGAUAUUAAUGAACAAAAUGAUGGCAUUGAUGACUUGACAGAAUCAUCAACAUUAUCAAGUGGAUCUGGUCCCUCGACAAAUAUUAAUAACAUUAAUGGUACAUCAGAUGUUUGGAUUUUCUUUAAUAAAAUUAACAAUGGCAAGGCUCAAUUUAUACCAUAUUCAACAACUUCUCAAGAAUAUAAACUAAUUACUGAUAAACUGGUUAAUUGGAUUGCCAUGGAUACCUUACCAUUUACUAUUGUAGAAAGUCCAGCAUUUCAUGAAUUUAUAUCAUCUUUUAAUGAAAAAAAAAUAUCUCAAGCUAAAAAUGUGAAGUAUUUGGCUCCUAUUUUAGACUGUCCUACAUGUUGGAAUUCGACCUAUCUUAUGCUGGAAAGACAAAUAGAAACAAAGGAAAUCAACCAACGACUUGUCAGGAACAAUCCUAGUAGUAUUGAAUUAGAAUAUUUGACUGAAAAUGAUUGGAAACAAAUUGAUGACUUGUGUGUUAUUUUAAAACCAUUAUACAUUGCAACCAAAUUUUUAUCAUCAAGUUCACCCACUUUAAGUGAUGUGUGCAUUACUUUUACUGCAUUAAUUAAAGAAUUGAAAAAGGUAAUUGAUGGCAACAAUGAACAUUAUUUAAUUGCAGAUUCAGUUAAUCAUAAAUUAAAAGAAUAUUGGAGUCUCAUGGAAAAUAACACACGAAUCAGUUCUGUAAUUGAUCCAAGAAAUAAAUUAUCUGGUUUUACACUACAAGAAAUUGAAGAAUUAAAAAAUGAAUUUAAAAAUCUUAUAGAUACAUAUGAACCACUGAAUCAACAAUUUAAUCAUCACACACAAUCAUCAACACAAGAUGAACUUGAACAAAUGGAUAAUGAUAAAAUUAUUUUAGAUGUUGUUGAAGAAACAUCUACACUUGAUGAAAAUAUAGAAGGUGAUGAAGAGUUAAAUUGGGUUGGGUUAAUUGAUGAAUAA